CUGGGACGUCAGUUAUUAAAACAUUUCUUGUUUAUAAUAUACUUUGAAUCAAUACGGUUCCCACUAGUCGGAACACGGCCAUAGCAACAUACAGAACGUAGCAAUGAGAAACAUAAUUCUUGUCUACAUCGCGAUUUCCUAUGUCCUCGAGUGUAGAGCGCGGCUGCUUGCGAGGACCACGGAAAGAGCCAUCGUCGCCAAGAAUGAUGAUUUCAAAACAGUCUCGAUAACGAAACACUGUCUCCACGACCAUGAAAAACUUCACCGGAAAAGCCGUUCGUAUGUCGAUUAUACCGUCGAUCAAACUAACAACGUUAAAAGGUCCGUCGAGAAAGGGAAAAUACCAUUAGUAAAGAAACCUAUACCGAUGUAUGUAGAAAUUAACUACGAAGACGAUUAUCAGACAAGACAAGUCCGUUGGCCGGAGAAAUAUAGAGAUUCUGGCGAAAACGAAGACGAAGAUUUCAAUGUGGAUGAUUACGAAUUCGACGUCAAUCACGACGAAUUCGCAUCAAGAAGAAAACCUCUAGUACCAAGAAUGAAACCGGAUAAAAAUUACGAAAUGAAAACGUCAAAGAUGGAAACUAAACCAACACCUGCCGAUAUAAAAGGUAACGAAGGUACAAAAACGCCGCAAACUAAGAAUAAACGUGAAAACAAAGAAGAUUUGAGCGAUGAUACGGAUGCGAGUGGCGAAAGAGAGCGAAGAGGUUCUAUUAGAACUGUCAGAUCCCCGUGGGAUAUCGGCAUUUAUAUGGAUAAGUUAGGAGAGAAAACUUCACUGAUAGUAGACAAAGUUCUCAGUAUCCUGCCAAUGUUUCCACAGAUUCCGACAAGGAAAAGCGAUAGAUUGAAAAAAUAAU